GCCCGCCUGUUUAUGUAAAAAUCGAGAGAUGUAGCUCGAGCCCUAUUCCGAUGCUUCUUCAGCUCGACUCUCUCCUCCACCGCUGCUCCGCCCUCACCCAUCUCAAGCAAUUCCACGCCCAACUCGUCUCACACGGCCUCUUUCAGCUCCUACCCUGCCUCCGCUCCAAACUUACCGAACUCUUCGCCGUCUCCGCCUUCGGCGAUCUCCCCCACGCCACCGCGAUGCUCCGCUGCACCCUCGCUCCGAGAACCAACGACUUCAACGCCCUCCUACGCGGCCUAUCACUCUCCCCCGACCCCUCCCCCGCCCUCUCCCUCUACCCCCUUCUCCUCCACUCCACCUCCUCCCGCCCCGACGCCCUCUCCCUCUCCUUCACCCUCAAAUCUGCCGCCCGCCUCUCCUCUCUAUCAACCAUCUCCCCUCUCCAUUCCCACCUCCUCUGCCUCGGCCUCGCCGCCGACGUCCGCCUCCUCACCACCCUCAUCGACGCCUACGCCAAAUCCUCCCGCACCGACCUCGCUCUUCAAGCAUUCGAUGAAAUGCCCCUCCGUGACAUCGCCACCUGGAACACACUCCUCCUCUCCCUCCUCCCCCACCACUCCCUCUCCCUCUUCCACCGCCUCCAACACAACCCCCCUUCCCCGCGCGAAUGCCCCGACGCCGUCACCGUCGUCGCCGCCCUCUCCUCCUGCUCUCAACUCGGCGCCCUCGCCGAAGGCGCCUCCAUCCAUGCCUACGCCAACUCCCUCCACCUCGACGCCGACAUCCGGGUCCGCAAUGCGCUCAUCGACAUGUACGCCAAAUGCGGCGACAUCUCCCGCGCUCUCUCCCUCUUCCGCUCCCUAGAUUCCAAAACCCUUGUCUCCUGGAACGCCGCCAUCAUGACCCUCGCUCUCCACGGCCGCGGCCGAGAUGCCCUCCAACUGUUCGACGAAAUGCUCAGCUCCACCCCAAUCGAACCCGACGCAAUCACCUACCUCGCCGUCCUCUGCGGCUGCACUCACGCCGGCCUGGUAGAGGACGGCCUCCGCAUAUUCCAUUCCAUCCGAAUUCCCCGUACAGUAAAGCACUACGGCACCAUCGUCGAUCUUUUGGGCCGCGCCGGCCGUCUUCGGGAAGCCUACAACAUAGUCACCACCAUGCCCUUCUCACCGGACGCAGUAAUGUACCAAACUCUCCUCGGCGCCUGCAAGACCUAUGGCGACGACAACAUGGCCGAGCUUGUUUCAGCAAAGCUCAAGGAAAUGGGAUCCAACGGCUGUGGAGACUUCGUUUUGUUAUCCAACGUAUACGCCUCGAAGGCCCGAUGGGCCGACGUGGGUCGGGUCAGGGACGCUAUGAGGAAAGGUGAAGUGAGGAAAGUACCAGGCUUCAGUUACAUGGAAGUGAAUGGAUUUGUUCACAGGUUUAUCAAUAGUGAUAAGGAACAUGUUAGAUUGAGUGAGAUUUAUGAGAAAUUGGAGGAGAUUGGAUCGAGGAUCAGACGGCUGGGAUACGUUCCGGACACUAGAAAUGUUCUUCAUGAUAUUGGUGAGGAGGAGAAAGAAAAUGCCUUAUAUUAUCAUAGCGAGAAAUUGGCAAUCGCAUUUGGGUUGAUUAGUAUACCAAAAGGCGAACCGAUAAGGGUUAAUAAGAACUUGCGGAUUUGUGCGGAUUGUCAUACGGUGGCGAAACUCGUAUCGAAGGAAUAUGAUCGGGUGAUUGUCAUUCGUGAUCGAGCGCGAUUUCACCAUUUUGAGGGCGGUGAUUGCUCGUGCCGAGAUUUCUGGUGAAUUUGGAUGGUGAUGAUAUUGUGAAUCUAGAGCUUUGAGUGAGACUCUCUAAUGGAGAGUUUAUUUCUCCUAAACUCUUCUGCAAUAUAACC